AUGCGUUCCUCAAUUGCUCUCGCUUCCCUCUGCGCUGCCUUUGCAGCUGCUUCCCCCCUCGUCAAGAAGGGUCUUGAGAUCGCCGCUCCCGCCGCUCAAGUCGUCGAGACACAUGUUGAUGUCGUCACAAACGUGGUCAUGGUCACUGUCACUGGAGAGCCAGUCAUCGUUACUGCUGGAGCCGAAUCUACCCCCGCUCCCGUUAUCGUGACUGUCACUGCCCCAGCUCAAUCUAGACCUCACAGAUACUCUCAAGCCGCCCCUGCCCCGGCACCAACUACAACUUCCCAAGCUGUCGUUGUCGUUACUGAAACCCAAGCUCCAACUACCUACGCCGCCGCUCCAGCUACUACUGAAGCUGCCUCCGCCACCGAUGCUCUCACCCCAACUUGUGUCGCUGCACACAACGAUGCUCGUGCUAGUCAUCAAGCUAGCCCCAUGACAUGGAAUCAAACUCUUGCUGACUACGCCGCUCAAGAGGGUAGCUGCACCACAUUCGCCCAUGACUUGACCGCUGGUGGUGGUGGCUAUGGACAAAACAUCGCUGUUUCCGGAAACUCCGACGCAACUGCUUUUACUACCGAAGCCGCCCUCGCCGAUCACAUCAAGCAAUGGUAUGAAGAGGAAUCUCUCUUCGGUUCAUUGUACGGUGUUGCCAGCCCAUCUGAGGCUGUUGGUGACUUCUUGCAUUUCACCCAAAUUGUCUGGCAAGGAUCCCACCAAGUUGGAUGUGCCGUCAAGACUUGCGGAACCGACAACUCCAUCUACCCAGGCAUGUACAUCUGGUACAGUGUCUGCAACUACUACCCAGCAGGAAACGUGAUCGGUGAAUUCGCCACCAACGUUCUUUCUUAA